UCUCCAUCGAAAUUUUCUUCUCUCUCCUCGAUUCUUCCUCUUUCUCUCUCUCUUUAGAACGAAAUUCUUCAAAGAUCACAUCUUUUCCAAGAUCAAAACUUUAGCGAUCCCUUUAUGUUCGCUCUCAUCAAUGCUCACCCAGUUCAGUUUGUGACAUCUGGGACGUAUUACUGGUAAAUGGAGGCAAAUUUCACCUGCACCCAGUGUGUUGAUGUUCAAAUAAAUCUAAAGUUUCACAAGAAGUGGUACCUGCUCAACUUGUAGCACAGAGAUGAUGGUACUCGAAGGCAGCUCCGUGAGGCUGUACUAAGAAUGUCGAUAAUGUUCUGGGUGAUGUUUAAUCACUCAUAUCAUGAAAGUACAGUUUUUCUUAAUUUCAUAGUUCAUGUGCUGCCCUUUAGCUACAUCCAAGUUAGUGAAAGGCACUGUACAGCCAGUGUAAAGGCUUAUGUUAGAAAUUCUUUGCCAGUGAAGUGAAAAUAGGGGAAAUCUUUCUUGUACAAAUCCGACGAUGGAGAAAUAUAGACUUAUGAAGGAGAUUGGAGAUGGAACUUGCGGGAGUGUUUAUAGGGCAGUCAAUCUGGAAACGAAUGAGAUGGUUGCUGUCAAGAAAAUGAAGAGAAAAUUCUACUUUUGGGAGGAGUGCAUGAAUCUCAGGGAGGUUAAGUCUCUUCGUAAAUUAAACCAUCCAAAUAUUGUCAAGUUGAAGGAGGUUAUCAGGGAGAACAAUGAGCUAUUUUUCAUUUUUGAGCACAUGGAAUGCAAUCUAUAUCAAGUAAUGAAAGAUCGGCAAAAUGGAUUUACAGAGGCAGAGAUAAGGAGCUUUAUGUCUCAAGUUUUGCAAGGACUUGCGCAUAUGCAUAAAAAUGGAUACUUUCACCGGGACAUGAAGCCAGAAAAUUUGCUGGUGACAAAUGAUGUCAUUAAAAUUGCCGAUUUUGGAUUAGCAAGAGAGGUAAUGUCAAUGCCUCCCUAUACGGAGUAUGUCUCAACAAGAUGGUAUCGAGCUCCAGAGGUGUUACUGCAAUUUUCAUUCUACACACCUGCAAUUGACAUGUGGGCUGUUGGGGCUAUACUAGCUGAGCUUUUUACACACUCUCCACUUUUCCCUGGUGAAAGUGAAACAGAUCAAAUAUACAAAAUCUGCAAUGUUUUGGGGACCCCUGAUAGCUGUAUUUGGCCUGAAGGGAUGAAUCUUCCUCGGUCUGUCAAUUUUAGAUUCUUUCAGAUUCCUUCAGCAAAUCUCUCGAACAUUAUCCCCAAUGCUAGCUUGGAAGCAAUUGAUCUGAUCCUGAAACUCUGUGCCUGGGACCCACUGAAGAGGCCAACAGCAGAGCAGGCAUUGCAACAUCCCUUUUUCCAUGUAAGGUCAUGGGUACCUUCUCCUCUCCAUGAUCCUUUUGCCUCGAAGAGAAAACGAACUAAUGUAAAGCCAAAACUUGAAUUGAACUUGUGGGAUUUUGGAGCUGAAUCAGAUGAUUGCUUUCUUGGUUUGACACUGGCAGUCAAGCCUAGUAGAUCUGGUUUAGAUGUAGCAAACCACGCGACUAAAAAUUCCAGAGAGGAACUUCUGUUUUGCUCUGGGUAUCAGCAUCAUUCUGGACAACCAGUUUUUUGGCCACUGGUGUCCACUGACCACCGUAUGAAUGAUGUAGCAGUUAUGCCAUCCUUAUCAUCUUCAUAUAUGAUGAACAGCCAAGCAUCUCGACCAACUGUUGGUGUACCAGAAACCUCUUCGUUCAGCAUCCCUGCUCUUCAACCCAAUGUGUUUGAUGGCCGCUUGUUUGGGCAGAUGAUAACACUCUCCUCUCCGAUCCAACAGGGCAAUUUAUUUCAGUAAAUUACAUUUUUGACAUGAAAACAGAGAAUCAUCCAUCAUUUCCUUCAUCUUAUACAUCCAUAAUGAUUGACGUAUAGCCAAAUAAGUGCUGAUUUUGGCAUACUUGUGAAUUAUUACGGUAUCAUUUGCUUCACUUUUUAGUUUUUGUAUAGGAACAGUAAUUGACUGGGUCAUCGAAUAAGAGAACAUUUUGUACAUAUCAGAUUAUUGUUUUUAAAGUGUCAAUGGAAAGCAAAGUUUACCUCACUA